AUGUUUCUGUCUGAACUGUCUCCAGUCAGAGCAGAACUGCUUGGAUUCCUCACUCACGCCCUCUUGGGAGAUAGUCUGGCUGCGGAAUACCUUAUAUUGCACCUCAUCUCUACAGUAUAUACAAGAAGAGAUGUUCUUCCUCUAGGAAAAUUUACAGUUAACCUGAGUGGUUGCCCACGGAACAGCACCUUCACAGAACACUUAUAUCGAAUUAUUCAACACCUUGUUCCAGCGUCUUUUCGCCUACAGAUGACGAUAGAGAACAUGAACCAUUUGAAGUUCAUCCCCCACAAAGACUACGCGGCCAAUCGCUUGGUCAGUGGACUCCUGCAGCUGCCCAGCAACACCUCCCUCGUCAUUGACGAGACGCUCCUGAAGCAGGGUCAGCUGGACAGCCCAGGGGUCCACAACGUGACUGCCCUGAGCAAGCUCAUAACCUGGCAGAAGGUGGAUUACGACUUCAGCUACCACCAGAUGGAGUUCCCUUGCAACAUCAACGUUGUCAUCACCUCGGAAGGGCGCUCCCUCCUCCCGGCCGACUGCCAGGUCCACUUGCAGCCCCAGCUCGUCCCACCCAACGUGGAGGAGCACAUGAGCAGCCUGCUCGCCGGCCUGCUGCCCUCGGCGCUCAGCAGGUUCCGCGUCUACCUGACCCUGCUGAGGUUCCUGGAUUACAGCAUCUCCGACGACGUGACCAAGGCAGUGGAAGACGACUUCGUGGAAAGGCGCAAGAACGACCCUCAGAGCAUCACCGCCGACGACCUGCACCAGCUGCUCGUGGUGGCCAGGUUUCUGUCGCUCAGCGCCGGUCGGACAACUCUGUCGCGAGAACGGUGGCUCAGAGCAAAGCAGCUGGAGUCGUUAAGGAGACACAGGCUUCAGCAGCAGAAGUGUGUGAAUGGAACGAACUGUAACGACCUGACACCUCUGAGGCGGCGGGCGGAUCAGAGCCACGUGAUUGCAGAAUUCAAAUGCCAUUUAUACUACAUCGUUUUAUAG